AUGGCCAGUCUGUACCACUCGAUCGCGUCUCUGGUCAAGCGUAUCAACGUUCCAAUUACAGCUUCGAGCCCUCCGGAACAAAUCGCUGCAAGCAAAGAAGAUCCGUGGGCACAAUCUGGAAAAUAUGCUCUCGGAUGGGUCUAUUUCUCGGUAGUGCUGCUCGCUAUCACCACUGUUAUCCGAAUAUAUCAUGUCUGGGGGGACAAAAUACGAAUGGGAUUAUACAAGGAAGAGAGGAUUAACCCGCAGCAUGAAAUUUCUCCUGGAUUCGACUUUGAGCUCACAAGCGGUGCUACCGACAGCUCGUCCAGACAAUUCUUCCCUGCUCGUGGACCUCUCCCGCAGACACAGAAAGAACAAUCGACCGUUUCCACUAUUGCUCCACUGAACAACACAAUCGCGUUUGUGAGAUGGAUCUUCUACAGGCCUCUUCCUGUACUCAGAAUUUGGCACAUUGAAGUUGUUUUCCCAUCGCUAGGCGUGGUGGCUAUCGUGUUUGCCGCACUGGCUUUCGUUACCUUAUAUUGCUUCUUGCCUCAACCAUUAUACUACCCCAGUAUCCGAUUUGGUUCCCCGCCAUUGGCCAUUCGAGCUGGAAUGAUUGCGGUGGCUAUGAUACCUUGGAUCGUUGCACUGAGUACCAAGGCCAAUCUGAUCACUAUGCUCACUGGCAUUGGCCACGAAAGACUUAAUGUUCUACAUCGUUGGGCCGGAUACUUAUGUCUCUUCCUCAGCCUAGUUCACAUGAUUCCGUUCUACAUCACGCCUAUCUGGACGGAUGGAGCUCUCCCGGUGUUUCAGCCAUACUUUCCGACAAACAUGUAUAUAUACGGCACCGGAAUCGCAGCAUUCGUACCUCUAGCGUUCCUUUGCAUCCACUCACUACCAGUCUUGCGCGCAUGGAUGUACGAACUUUUCGUCUUUUUACACCUACCAGUUUCGAUUAUAUUCGUGGCGAUGCUUUUCUGGCACUCUAAGGGGUUUCUCACGUCCUGGAACUAUCUCUGGGCCACAGUGGCAAUCUGGCUUUUGACAUGUCUUAUUCGCUUAUUCUACCUCAACUGGAUGCGCCCUCUCCGGUGGUCUUGGCUAAUCGGAGAGGAAUCAGCUGUGACGAUCCUCCCGGAAAAUGCUGUCAAGGUCACUAUUCCCACACAAAUGAAAUGGCGGCCAGGCCAGUACGUCUAUUUACGUAUGCCUGGAAUCUCCAUGUUUGAGAAUCAUCCGUUUACUAUUUCAUCUUUAUAUUCGGACCAUUUCCCAUCAAGCUACGGAGAAGAAUACCGGGAUAUGACACUCGUGUUUCGGCCCUUCGGGGGUUUCACCCGCAAAGUCCUUGAAACAGCGAUAAGAAAAGGUCCGUAUAAAACCUACAGGGCAUUCUUAGACGGCCCAUAUGGAGGUAUGCAACGUGACAUGGCAGCUUUUGACGGCGUUGUCUUUUUCGCUGGAGGCAGCGGAAUAACAGCCAUCGCUAGUCAAUUGCUCGACUUGAUCAAGAAAAUGAGAGAUGGAAAGGCUGUGACGAAAUCAGUGCGAAUUGUCUGGUCCAUGAAAAGCACAGAGAUCAUGGAAUGGUUCAAAGAGGAAUUGCGAAUUUGCAGAGAGUUUGCGCCUCCAAACUCCGUUCACUGUCAGUUCUUUCUUACCGGUGACCGACAAGAUGUGCCGGCUUUUGGGACCCAUUUCCAAGCCCAUAAUGAUAUUCUUAACUACACCGUCAAUGAGGCCUUGCAAGAGACUUGGGAGAAACGCAACUCCGCCUUGAUUCGAGAAGAGGCAGCCGGUGACCCCGAAAGAGAAAAGGAGCUGCGUCGGGAGAAUGAGGACGCUAUCACUUCUCUUCCGCAGGCAUACAUCCCACAGCCCGCUGGACCUGCGAACUAUUACCAUCCUCACCAUUCCUACGGGGACCCGCGACUCGCAGCCCAAUCACCUUAUAACUAUGCGGAUCCACGACUUUCAGCUCAGUCAUUUUGUUCCUAUGGAGAUCCAGGAAUGUCGGCCCAGCCAGAGUAUAAUAACUAUAACAACUCCUUCAACUUCGGCUUCCCCUCUCCGACGUCUUCUCUGACUGCCAUGCCGCGGUUCGCCUUUCUCCCCACUCAAAAGAAAGACGGCUGGCGGACUGAAUAUGGGAGACCGAAUAUUACGUCUAUGCUUAAAGAGAUGUCUAAAACAUUCGGUCGCCGCACGUGCGUUUUCGUAUGUGGGCCUCCGGGUAUGAGAGUCGAAGUUGCCAGGACUGUGGCGGGACUGCAGCGACUGGUCCUGACAGAUGCCUCGAAGGACGAGAUUUUCCUUCAUGCUGAGAAUUAUGCCCUAUGA